CGGCCCGACAGUGACGGUGCUGAGGGUUAACCAAACCUGAGCCACGGUUGGCUACGUUCUCCCACUCCCACUCAGCCGCCUUUACUCCUCCAGAGCCUCCUGGAGGACUUUGGUUUCUUUCUGGACACAGACGACUUCAGACGCUCCAGCAGGAAGCACAUCAUUGUAUUCUAGAGACCCGUCCUCCAUCAUGUCUCUGCUCACCCACCUGCUGUCCUGCCUCUUCGGUUUGGGCUCCUGGGUCUCCAUCAACGGUUUGUGGGUGGAGCUUCCCCUCAUCGUCCCUCAGAUCCCUGAAGGCUGGUUCCUGCCCUCCUACCUGUCGGUUCUGAUCCAGAUGGCCAACGUUGGGCCGCUCUUCGUCACCCUGAUGCAUCGCUUUAAGCCCGGCGUCCUGAACGAGGCGGCCGUCGUCUACGUCAUCAUCGCCCUGGGCACCCUGGCCAGCUUCCUGCUGGGCUUCUUCUGGAAGGAGACGCUGGUGGUGGCCGGGGCUCCUCGCAGCGUUGCCCUGCUGGUCCUGACCUUCUUCCUGGCCACCGUCGACUGCACCUCCUCCGUCACCUUCCUGCCCUUCAUGAUGCGGCUCCAGCCUCAGUACCUCACCUCCUACUUCAUCGGGGAGGGCGUCAGCGGCCUGCUGCCCGCCAUGGUGGCUCUGAUCCAGGGCGUGGGUGUGGUCCGCUGCGUCAACGCCACCCAGUCCACCAACCGGACUUCCAACGCCACCUCCGAGCUCCAGGCCCAGUACCAGCCAGCCAGAUUCUCGGCCGAGGAGUUCUUCUUCUUCCUCAGCGCCAUGAUGCUGGUGUGUCUGGUGGCCUUCAUCCUGCUCAACUACCACCCGUCGGUCGAUAGGGAGAACCCCAACAGCCGCUACACCAACGGGGUGAAGCAGAAGGCCCAGAGGGGCAGGAAGUGGGCCGAGCAGAAGCCCAUGAUGGAGCCGUACGGCCAGAAGAAGCCCAGAAGCAGCUUCGGCAGCGGCUCCUACAGCUGGCUGCAGGUGUCGUACAUCUUCGUGGUUCUGGGUUGGGCCAACGCUCUGACCAAUGUGGUGCUGCCGUCCGUCCAGUCCUACUCCUGCCUGCCGUAUGGGAACAACGCCUACCAUCUGUCAGCCUCUCUGGCCGCCGUGGCCAACCCUCUGGCCUGCUUCAUCACCAUGUUCUUCCCCAUCAGGUCUCUGGUGGUGAUGGGAGUUCUGACCGUUUGUGGUUCUGCUGUUGGAGCUUUUAUAAUGGGCAUGGCGGUGCUGAGUCCGUGUCCUCUGCUGGUCCACGACUCUGCAGGAGCCGUGAUCAUCGUGUUGUCCUGGGUCCUGUUCGUUCUCUCGCUGUCCUACGUGAAGGUGAUGAUCGGUCUGAUCCUCAGGGACGAAGGCCACGGCGCCCUCGUCUGCUGUGGAGCUGUGGUGCAGCUCGGCUCGCUGCUGGGCGCCGCCACCAUGUUUCCUCUGGUCAGCGUCUUCGGGUUCUUCUCCUCGGGGGAUCCCUGCAACACCCGGUGUCCCUGAACGCACCACAGACUGAAACAAGUUCAUCUGAAGAUUCAACAUUCAAGAACUUUACUGUCAUACACACAGCAGAAACACAGUGGUUACCCUGAGCGAUGAAACGGUUUCCCGGACGAUCUGAAAUCGUUGGAGCUUCAGGAGACAUCAACUGGACCUACCAGAGAUACCCACUUCUCAAGUCCAGUUGAUGUCUCCUCAAGCAUUUAUAUAGAGGUCACUGUAACCGUAGGAGCUUAAAGAACUGUAGAAGCUUCAGGAGGCAUCAGCUGUUGAAGCUUCUACCAGGGAAGUCCAGCUGAUGUGUCCUGAAGCCCCUACAAUUCUUCAUAUCCUGAAGCAUAUAUGUGGAGGUCAGGGUCAUUUUAGAAGCUUCAGGAGAAAUCAAGGAGACUUCUCCAGUCCAGCUGAUGUCUCCUGACGCAUAUGUGUAGAGGUCAUGGAAAUCAUAGGAACUGAAGAAAUGUGGGAGCUUCAGGAGACAUUGACUGGUAGUUUCUUCAAGAACCUACCAGUGAAGUCCAACUGAUGUCUCCUCAAGCAUAUAUGUAGAGGUCACUGUAAUCGUAGGAGCUUGAAGAAUUGUAGGAGCUUCAGGAAGUCCAGUUGAUGUCUACUGAAGCUCCUAUCAUGACCAUGAUCUCUACAUGUAUGCUUCUCGAAGAACCUACCAGCAAAGUCCAGCUGAUGUCUCCUGAAACUCCUACAAUUCUUCAUAUCCUGAAGCAUAGAGAUAGAGGUCAUGGUAAUUGUAGGAGCUUCAAGAGACAUUAGCUGAACUUCUCCAGUCCAGUUAACGUCUCCUCAGGCAUAUGUGUAGCCGUCAUGGUAAUCAUAGGUAUUGAAGAAAUGUAGGAGCUUCAGGAGACAUCAGCUGGACUUCUCAGUUGAUGUCUCUUAAAGCUCCUUAUUAUAACCAUGACCUCUACACAUGUUCAUCUGAAACAGGAAGUAUUCAGUCUGAGGCCUGUUUAUCACUUUUAUAUGCUAUGAUUUAUUAUUUUCAUGUGAGUCAGACUGUGUCUGCUGAGAAAUAUGUGCUAAAAUCUGCAGCUGUAAAUAUUUAAAUGUUCAGAAAAUAUUCAUUUGUUCCCCACAAACUAUACAAAUUCAAUAUAUAUUAUAAAAAUUACUAUCUGAGCUCAACCACACACAAAGCAACAACUUAGCCCAACAGUUUGCAUCAGUUUCUUUGAGUUACGGCAGCUUCUAAUGAAAUGAUCUACACUGAGUUUAGAGGAUUUUUUUAACGAAAGAAUCUGAGGCAUAAACACAUGUUUUUGAGUGUUUAAGCGAAUAUUUCCACAUUAUUUUAAAAUUUUUAGUGUUAUGGACUUAAUUACUAUAAUCACAUUUUCAAGUUGAUAAAUUUAAAUGCACAAUUUAAAAUUAACUUUAAUUUCUGACCUCAAGGUAAAGAAAAAGAAUAACUUAUUAUACUCUUUUCAUGGAGUUAAUUCAACUUGAAUUUAAUUUUAAACCAAUUAAUGCAGAAAUUUGAGUUUAAAUUGACACAGUUAACAGUUUUAUACCAACUGACCUGUCUAAAAUAAUGUUUGCAACUAAAACAGUUUGUCCAACUCAGUAAAUUUGUUUUAAUAUGCACUAAAAACACAGAAAAAGCAUCAGACUUUUGUGAAUGCGUGUUUUUACUCUCAAAAAUAUAAAUUAUGAGCUGCAACAACUGUAAUUACAUCCCUGUAUAUCUUAUUGUAUUUUUAAUUGUCACCUGGUGCUGGAAUUUAGUGUUUUCCUUUGUAUAAAUAAAGACAUUUAUGCCUUAAAACGAUGCAAAAAAGUAGAAAUUGGUGCUAAAAAUUCAUCAGAAUUCAGGAAAUUAAAGGAUUCAUACUGCAGAUGUCCUUACACAAUGUCUUUUUCUCCAACAUUCAAGGAAAAUCCAAUUAAUCUAACAACAAGCAUGACACAAAAAGGCUAAAAAGUCACUUAACUAUAUUUUCUUUCAUUUAAAUUU